AUGACUAGUCAGACCACUUUUUUUGCGUGUUCGUCUCGAUUAUCUGCCAAAACAGAUUCCCAUGCUCUGGUUCUCACUGCCCGACAUCAUUUCGAGUCUUAUCACGAUGUCAAACCUUCCUGUGCUGUCCUCAAGAGCGCAGUUCCGGACAAUGUCAACGUCGUUUCAUCUGGCAGACUUGAACUGGUCUUGUUGGCUCACUUGAACGGUUUCGAAGUAUCCCCGGAUACCUGUGUCAAGUCCCACCUUGUGCAGUACAUCGUAAGGUUCUUUCGAGCCAACUCCUCGGAGCUAAGCAUCGAACACGUUUCUGAUGCUUUCAUUGACGAAGACAAUCAGCCGAAGGUUCUCCUCACCUUCAACCAAUCCAGGGAUCCUCAGCACCCUCAAGUUCCCCUCCGAGUCACCCUCCGGACCAUACAUUUACAGCUGGCAUUGAGCACCAUCACAAAAUCUCAAGUCGAACCAUUCGUGCCGUCUACGAUACAAAACAGCGUUUUCUUAGAGCAGAUGUCUCUUCCAAUUCAAGGCCUCGUCGAGAAUGUUAUUGGACGUUUUGUUACUUGGCAUCUGGUUCGGUAA